UGGAUCGUGGCCCUGGGAGCGCGGCCGCAGCUACGUAGCCAUGUUGGCUCAUGCCAUUGGGCAGGAGUCGGCCGCGGAUUGACUCCAUGGAUCUGGGGUUUGCAAGCGCCAUGGCGGGGAACCUCCCCUCGGCGGCGCAGGUCAUGUUUGGGGCCGUACUCGGCUUCAAGGUGGCCAAGUUCGAGGGCAAGCAGCUGCACAGCGCAGUUGCAGCGGCGGCGCGAGGCGCAGUCCAGGGUAGCGCCAGUGGUGCAGCCCCUGGUGAAGACGCAGGCGCUGCCGGUUGGGAGCCUCUCGAGUCGUUCGAGACGCUACCCAAUCAGAUCAGGGUCUGCGCAGGCCUGGAGCGGAAGCCGUCCAUCACGCAGGCCAAGUCGCUUCUGCGCGACAAGGGUGCGGGCCAGUUGGCAUCGCGCCUGGGAAAGAUCAGCCAGCUGCGGAAUGUGGCUGGCCGCCCAGACGUCUUCCUGCAGGAGGACAUUCACAAGGUCUUCGACGGCGUGCCCGCGAAGGAGGAGAACGAGCCCGGCUACGAGGGCAUCAUCGGCACCAAGAUCGAGGCCAUCGAACGGCAGUUGGAGCGCUUGAGCGCGAAGCUCGAGCAGACGUCGGGCUUGCAGGUGCCCGUCAGCGAGGCGGCGCAUUUUGACAUCGGCUCCGUGGGCGACACCACGGAAAGCAUUGACUGCAACUCGACCACCAACGACGGGAUCGACAAUCAUUCUGCUACUCGUACGACCCGCAGGCGGGGGUGCUGAUGGAGCACAUCCAUGGCGCCCCCAGCACGACCACCAGCGACGUGAUCGACAAGACCUCGGCCAUGGCCGCCGAGAAGCCCGCCUUCGAUGACGUGAUCGACAAGGCGUUUGCCAUGGCGGCCGAGUACCCUGCUCUCAGCACGAAGCGCAGCAAGAAGCUCUGCAAGCAGCUGCGCGAGAUCAGAACGAUCGAGGCCGGUGAGGCUGGCCGCAAGCCAGUGAACGCUAGCCAGCGUGAGAAGCUUGCCAAGAGCAGGACAUCGUCGAAGAGCUGCUCAAAGUGCUGGACGCAUCGAUCCACGCGCAGCCCUAGAGUCAGCGAGUGGGGGUGGCUACGGUGGUCUCCUCCCGCUGUGGAGGGGCACAGCCAGGGUGGCGCCUUGUGCGGGCGCCACUGGUGAUGCCGCACGCCGCGGAGAGUUCCUGGAGGGGCCUCUCGCUCUCUGACGGGUGCCUGGACGAGGGUCUGGGCGCCUGGUCGUCGCUUGGACCCGAUUGCUCGUUGCUUUCAUCAGGUCCUCCCCGACGGUUGGUGACAGGUCGUUCCCAAUGCUCGGAAGUCUUCUUUUCCUCACGUCUGUGAGAAGCUUUGACCGUUUAUUACACUGGCUGACGCGUGAAUGAGACAUUAUGCAUCCUGCUCAGUGGCUGUCCUUUCGGCCGCUCCUGCAAUGAGCUCUA